AUGGCAACCUCACUACGGAAUAUUAUUGUGGUUGGCGGCUCGUUCGUCGGCCGUACCACAGCCCAGGAGCUCGCACGCAUCGUGCCUGCAACACACCGGGUCCUUUUGACUGAGCCCCAUAGCCACUUCCACCAUCUUUUCACAUUUCCUCGGUUUGCAAUUGUUCCAGGACAGGAGCAUAAAGCUUUUAUUCCUUACAGCGGGAUCUUCAAUGCAUCACCCAACCCCUCCUCUCAUGGUGUAGUCCAGGCUCGCGUUUUGUCAGUCCAACCGACCCAUGUUGAGUUGGACCGUGAAUGGCAGGGCUCAAAGCAGGUUCCAUUUGACUAUGUCGUUCUUGCGACUGGCACACGUCUCUCUAAGCCUGCAGCUAUGGAUGAUGAUGACAAGGCAUCGUCAGUCGAGUAUCUGCAAAAGCAUCAAGCUGGAGUUAACAGAUCUCAAUCGAUUUUGAUUGUCGGCGGCGGUGCCGUCGGUGUUCAAAUGGCAGCCGACCUGAAAGAAUAUUACCCAGAGAAAGAGGUGACCGUGGUUCAAUCGAGGCCGCAGGUGAUGCCGAGCUUCCACUCCGCACUCCAUGACCUGAUUAAGAGACGAUUUGAUGAGCUGGGAAUUCGACUCAUCACUGGUUCUCGAGUCACUGUUCCACCGAGUGGAUUUCCCAACGAUGGCAGCACCUUUGAUGUUCAACUCACAAACGGUACCGUCGAGUCCACUCAAUUCGUCAUCUUGGCCACUGGACAAACCCCAAAUAACCAGCUAGUGGCUGACUUGAAGUCUUCCCGCCCGGACGGCAAGUCGGUCGUCAAUCCGGAUAAUGGAUUUAUUCGCGUUAAACCCACUAUGCAGUUCAUGGAUGAGCAAUAUUCGAACCUGUUUGCUGUGGGUGAUAUUGCUGAUACCGGUGCCCAAAAGGCCGCUCGGCCAGGCUCGGCACAGGCAGCGGUUGUCGCGAAAAACAUCCAGGCGUUGAUUGAAGGCCGCGCUGCUGAGGAUACAUUUGUCAAGGGACCUGGGGCCAUUCAUUUGACACUCGGGAUGAAACACAACGUGAUUUUCCGCAAUCCCAAUACCGCAGAGGGUCAGACAGAGCCUUGGAUCAACCCAAAGAAUGACGGCCGAGAGGAUAUGAAUGUGGAAGCGAUGUGGGAGAGGCUGGGUAUCUCCGUGGAGAAUGCUCGUCAAUAUCACCUGUAA